UCUUUUGGUUGAUGCUCAUAGUAACCUUGGAAAUCUAAUGAAGGCACAAGGGCUGGUGCAAGAAGCAUACAGUUGCUAUCUCGAGUCUCUACGGAUACAGCCAAUGUUUGCUAUUGCAUGGUCAAACGUUGCUGGUCUUUUCAUGGAUUCAAGUGACUUAAAUCGAGCCCUUCAGUAUUACAAGGAAGCUGUUAAACACAAGCCCACAUUUCCUGAUGCCUAUUUAAAUCUUGGGAACAUUUAUAAGGCUUUGGCAGUGCCUCAGGAGGCUAUUGUCUAUUACCAGCUAGCUGUUCAAACUAGGCCAAACAAUCCAAUAGCUCUGGGUUUUGUGACUCCAUCUUGCUGGGAAUCUGGCUAGUGCAUACUAUGAGCAAGGACAGUUGGAUUUGGCAAUCCUCCAUUAUAAGCAAGCUAUUGCCUAUGAUCAAAGAUUUGUGGAAGCAUACAACUAUUUGGUUGGUUUUUUCAGUUUGUUUCAGAUUACUUGGAUUUGCUUUUAAUUAUUAUCUUGAAGGGAAAUGCAUUGAAAGACGUGGGUCGUGAUGAUGAGGCAAUUCAAUGCUAUAAUCAAUGUCUCACUUUGCAACCGAACCAUCAACAAGCUCUUACCAACCUUGGGAACAUAUAUAUGGAAUGGAACAUGGUUUCUGCUGCUGCUUCUUACUACAAGGUUACAUUUGCUGUCACAACAGGGUUAUCUGCUCCAUUUAGUAUCCUUGCAGUAAUCUAUAAGCAACAGGGGAAUUACAUGGAAGCUAUAUCUUGUUACAACGAGGUUUUGCGGAUUGAUCCAUUGGCAGUUGAUGGACUUGUAAAUAGGAGUAACACUUACAAGGAGAUUGGUAGAGUGACUGAAGCAAUUCAAGAUUAUAUCUGUGCUAUUAAUAUUCAGCCAAAUAUGGCUGAGGCCCAUACAAAUCUGGCUUCUGCUUACAAGGAUAGGUAAUUUUCUUGGUUUCCAUAGUUUCUUUUAAUGGUCACAUUCCUUGGCACCCUUUUUUGUCAAAAGGUUUUGCAAGGAUUAGUAGCAUCUUUUGAUGUGACACUUCGGAAAAAAGAGGUUGUUUCCCAAAAUGAAAAUGGUGUUUUCAUUUGGAAUUAUUAUCCGAGCUUAUAGCAAUGUCUGUGAGCUUUCUAACUCCUGCUCUUUGCUAAUGAACAAUGCUGCCUUACUUUCAUAUUCUUUGUUUUGAGUAGAUUUUUGUCAUUUUAGUUUAUUGCAUCCCCUGCGAUAAAUGUUAACAUAUCAAUAUAACUUCAAUAUAUAUCAUAAUCCUUGUAUAGUUGAUUUCACUUCUUGAAUAUUAGUAACUUCUAAAAUAUACUCCUUCAUAGUCUUUCAUUGAUUAACCAUUUUAGCUCAAAAUAGAA